AAUACGUGGACACCACUAGUGUCAUGUCAUAUAUGUCAACUUUUCGCAAGUGUAUGGUAGAAAAUUAAAUUUAUUUCUUUAUAAAUCAUCAAAAAUGGCAGAUCGCCUGUUUAUUCACGAUGAUAUUAAAUUAUACACAACUUCAGAUAAGUUUUAUCUGGAGCCCACAAUACACCCCACAGAGAUCAUGGUCAUUGACCGGGUCACGGGGGAAGCUGUAGUCAAAGAAUAUGGCACAGUAAAAAUUCCGAUUCCAGCGAACGCAUACAAGCCAGUAUGUGGUUUCCUCGGCACCAUCAAACUGUUAUCAGGACUAUAUCUAGUUGUAGCCAAAUACAGGAUAUUGAUGGGUAAGCUGAAUGGACACGACAUAUACCAGUUGGCGGGCUCUGACAUCAUCCCGUAUGCUCGCUCGAACACACACCUCAGUAACAAACAGAUAGAAGAUAACGCGACAUACGAGCGCAUGGUCCGUCAGGCGCUGGACACUCCCGGCAUCUACUUCUCCUACGGGUACGACCUCACGCACACGCUGCAGAGGCUGCACUCCGUAGCACCUGACUUCCAUAAGAUGUCCAUAACGAACCGAGCAGACCCCAGGUUCCUGUGGAACGGCUUCCUGCUCCGGGACUACUCAGACCAGAUGUUCUCCAAGUUCACGCUGCCCCUGAUACAAGGCUUCGUGUCUAUCAACAGCGUGGUAGUGAACGGGCACCAGCUGACGUGGUCACUGGUCUCCCGUCGCAGCGUGGACCGCGCCGGGACCAGGUUCUUCAUGCGAGGAGUCGACGCUCAGGGCAACGUAGCAAACUUCGUUGAGACAGAACAGAUAAUCGAGAGAGGCGGUGAGAAGUCCUCCUUCGUUCAGACCCGCGGCUCCAUACCAUUGUUCUGGAGCCAGUACCCGAACAUAAAGUACAAGCCGGCUAUGGAGCUGGCACAUGAAGACCACGUGGCAGCCUACACCAAGCAUCUGAGAGACCAGCAGCAGAGAUAUGGGAAUCAAGUACUUGUGAACUUGAUCGACCAGCACGGCAAGGAGGAGGCGCUGGAGCGCGGGUUCCGCGCGGCGGUGGCGGCGGCCGCGCUGCCCGGCGUGCGCUACGAGCCCUUCGACUUCCACGCCGAGUGCCGCGGCAUGCGCUACUACAGGCUCACCGUGCUCACCGACAGGAUCGCGCAUGAACAGACGGAGUUCGGCUACUUCCUGUCCCGCGGCGGCACGGUCCUGCUGCGGCAGAGCGGCGUGUUCCGCACCAACUGCGUGGACUGCCUGGACCGCACCAACGUGGUGCAGAGCCUGCUGGCGCGCCUGCAGCUGGACGCCGCGCUCAGGCUGCUCGCCGUCACCAGCGGCGACGACGAGAAGCAUCCCUAUCUCGAUAAACUGUUUAAUAAUGUGUGGGCGGACCACGCGGACAUGAUCUCGACGCAGUACUCGGGCACGGGCGCGCUGAAGACGGACUUCACGCGCACGGGCGCGCGCACGCACCUCGGCCUCGUGCGCGACGGGAUCAACUCGCUCACACGCUACUACAAGAACAACUUCAGCGACGGCUUCCGACAGGACUCGAUCGACCUUAUCCUGGGUAAAUACGUGAUCUCGGACGGCGAGGGCAACUCGCUGCCGUGCCCGCUGCGCCGGGACAGAGACUGGAAGUAUAUCACGUUCCCGUCGGUGCUGCUGGUGGCCGUGUCCAUGUUCUGCGCGAGCGCGGCGCUCCCGCAGCGCUACACCAGCGAGGUGCUGCUCUACCUCAUGUUCUGGGGCGCCGCCGUCACCGCCACGCUCACCUUCAUCUGCAGACACGGCAAGGAGUUCGUGGACUGGCCCCGGCUGGACGCGGGCGGGCUGGCCGCGGCGCGAGCCCUCCCGCCGCCGCAGUCUUUAUGAUCGCCGACUUGCCGCUCGUAGUCGUCGUGUAGCUCACACCCAUAGCCUCGCCCCGCGCCAGAGCGGGACGGGAGACCAGCUGGGACCUAGUGUUGUUCGAUAGGUAGGUUGUGUACUUAUGUUAUGAUAGAAAGUUUUAUGUAGACCAAAUAUUAACUUAUUUCUAUUGUAAAUGAUGGUUUGUGAUUGUAGAAUCGAAUUAGGCCAAAUAUUUUCUUAAUUCUGUUGGUUUGUGAUGGUAUAUGCUCUUUAUCUGAUAGUUUAAAUUUGCAGAGACCUUUAUUUUUAUAUACUGGGUUUUACUGUAAUGCUUUCACCAACAGUGAUAAUGAAUUGGGGAUGUGCAUACUCCGAUUAAAAACUUCCCUUUCUGUACUUACAUUGCGUAGUUCUGAGGCUUGCAAAUACCCCCUUUUUUACCGACUACGCUAUAAAGUUGGUAGUGAAUCGUUUUGUAUUUCAUAAUAAGUUUUUUUGAGUUUAUGCAAUACACUUAUGGUUUCAACUUGUCUAAUGCUGUAUAGUUACAUAGGCCACAGUAGUAUUGAAAUAAAUAGUUCGAAGCACAUAUCUUGGGCUUCCUGACUUCAUGUAUGACGUCAUACAUUUAUUAUAUAGCUAUCGUAAAUGGUUGGUCUUCCUAUACAAGUAUAAUAUUAAAAUAUUUCAAAUAUUAAUUUUCUAUCUUAAAUUAUUAACUUCUAUCGAUAACGGAGAACAACACUAGUUAACAGCCCUUAAAAUAGGACACUUAAUCAACGUCUACCACAGUUUAAAUUGUA